UAUGGUUGCCAUCCAUGCAGUUUUUGCAAAAUUGACCGCAUACCUUAUGAGAUUAUUCAAAGAAAAAGAGGAAUUACGAAAAGAACAAGAGAUAUUAGAAAGAGAAAAAAACAGCUUGACAAGAAUUCAAGAAGGUCUUCAAAGAGAGCAAGAAAUAUUAGAAAAAGAACAAAACGAAUUAACGAAUCUUCACAAAGAUUUGGAAAAAGAACAAUAUGAUCUUCAACUUGAAUACAAAAGAUUAAAAAGACAAAAUGAAGAAUUACAAUUAAAAUUAAAAAGUUUAAAAAGAGAUAAGUAA